AUGGCAGAGGCGAGCGCGGUGGCCGUGUGCGUGCGGGUCCGGCCGCUCAACAGCAGAGAAGAAGCUCUCGGAGAAGACACCCAGAUUUACUGGAAAACUGGCAAUAAUGCUAUUUAUCAGGUUGACGGGAGUAAAUCCUUCAAUUUUGAUCGCGUGUUUGGGAGUGAGGAGAGCACGAAGAACGUGUAUGAAGAGAUCGCGAUGCCCAUCAUCGACUCGGCCAUCCAGGGCUACAACGGGACCAUAUUUGCCUAUGGGCAGACUGCUUCCGGGAAGACCUACACCAUGAUGGGCUCCAAAGAUCACCUGGGAGUCAUACCCAGGGCCAUCCACGACAUUUUCCAGAAAAUUCAGAAGUUUCCGGACAGGGAGUUCCUCCUGCGCGUGUCCUACAUGGAGAUCUAUAACGAGACCAUCACGGACCUGCUCUGCGACACGCAGAAGGUGAAGCCGCUCAUCAUCCGGGAGGACUACAACAGGAGCGUGUAUGUGUCGGACCUCACAGAGGAGGUGGUCUACACGUCGGACAUGGCCCUGAAGUGGAUCGCCAAGGGGGAGAAGAACCGGCACUACGGCAUCACCAAGAUGAACCAGAGGAGCAGCCGCUCACACACCAUCUUCAGGAUGAUCUUGGAGAGCCGAGAGAAGGACGCCUCGAGCUGCGAGGGCGCCGUGAAGGUGUCCCAUCUGAACCUGGUGGACCUGGCGGGCAGUGAGCGGGCCGCCCAGACGGGAGCCGAAGGGCUGCGGCUGAAGGAAGGCUGUAACAUCAACCGCAGCCUCUUCAUCCUGGGCCAGGUCAUCAAGAAGCUCAGUGACGAGCAGGCGGGCGGCUUCAUCAACUAUCGGGACAGCAGGCUGACACGCAUCCUGCAGAAUUCGCUGGGAGGCAACGCCAAGACCCGCAUCGUCUGCACCAUCACACCCGCCUCCUUCGACGAGACACUCAGCACCCUGCAGUUUGCCAGCACGGCCAAGUACAUGAAAAACACCCCCUACGUGAACGAGGUGUCCAGCGACGAGGCGCUCCUGAAGCGGUACAGGAAGGAGAUCAUGGACCUCAAGAAGCAGCUAGAGGAGGUGUCUCUAGAGACUCGGGCUCAGGCCAUGGAGAAGGACCAGCUGGCCCAGCUCUUGGAGGAGAAGGACUUGCUCCAGAAAGUGCAGAUCGAGAAGAUCCAGAACCUCACCCGCAUGCUGGUGACCUCCUCCUCCCUCACGUCCCAGCAGGAGUUAAAGGCUAAAAAGAAGCGGAGAGUCACUUGGUGCUUGGGCAAAAUUAACAAAAUGGAGAAAGCCAAGUUCGGGGAAGAAUUUUCCUUGCCGGCGAGCGUGACCACGAAAACAAACCGCUCGGCUCUCAGCUCCGUGGGAGAGAUGGACGAGUCCCUCUAUUCUGAGGCCGACCCCCUCAGCAACACUCUGGACAUGUUAGCCGAGAUAGAGUGGAACCCAGCCACCAAGCUCCUGGCCUCGGACAACUUUGAGAGUGAGCUGGGGUCACUUCGUGUGGAGUAUGACAAUCUGGUACUCGACUAUGAGCAACUGCGGAGAGAGAAUAAAGAGCUGGAGAUGAAACUAAAGGAGAAGAAUGACCUGGAUGAAUUCGAGGCUCUCGAAAAAAAAGCUGAAAAAGAAGAUCAAGAGAUGCAACUAAUUCACGAAAUUUCCAACCUAAAGAAUUUAGUUAAGCAUGCAGAAGUGUAUAACCAAGAUCUUGAGAAUGAGCUCAGUGCGAAGGCAGAGCUUCUGAGAGAGAAGGAACACCAGAUCGAGCAGCUGCAGAAAAGCCUGGAGAGUCAGCAGCCGGAGGGCCCCACGCUGGACCUGUCCUGCUCAGCGGAACCCACAGCAGACGUCCAGCAACUGAGGCAGAGCCUGCAGGAUGCCGAGACCGUGUUGCUGGACGCCAAGCGGGAGUCAGCCUUCCUGCGGGGCGAGAACCGGGAGUUGCUUGAGAGGCUGAGAGAGUUGGAGGGCCGGUGCAGGCAGCUGGAGAGUGACCUGCAGGGCUCCCAGCGGCAGCUGGAGGCCAAGAGGCAGAUGCAGGCCGACCUGGAGAAGGAGCUGCAAUUCUCGUUCACGGAGAUCGCCAGGCUCACCGCCGUCCCAGGCGGCCAGGGGCCCCGAGACGCGCUCCCCACCGCGGACCUGGAGAGGAAGGUCGAGGAGCUGCAGGCGGAGCUGCGGAGGGAGGCGCAGGAGAAGGCGGCGCUGCAGGAGGAGGCGGCGCUGCUCGCGGCGCUCAAGCCGCUGCCCUCGGAAGUCGAGACGCUGAGGAAGGAGAUCCUUGAGAAAUCCGAGGAGGUGUCCCUGCUGGCCUCGGAGAGGGACCGGCUGCUUUCCGAGCUCGCGGGGUGGGAGAACGGUGCCCGCGAGGCCGUGCCGGGUCCUGAGCAUCUCGGUGACGAGGACAAGUGCCGGGCGCUCCUGGAGGACCAGGCCGCGAUGAGCGAGCAGCUCGCAGCCCUCAGGCUCAGCCUGGCCACCCUGGAGGCAGAGCUUUCCGAGAAGACCCAGGAGCUCCGGGAAAGGGCGGCCGAGAGCCAGGAGCAGCGGGACAGCCACGAGUCUCAGCUGCGGGCCGUGGAGCAGGACAGGGCGCAGGUGGCCGAGCAGCUGGAGCGGGCCCUAGUGGACGUGAGGACCUUGACCCAGGAGAAGGACGCCCUCCGGGAGGCACAGGCCAGCCUGCAGGCGGAGUGCGACCAGCUGCGGGGCGACAUCCAGGACACGGUGAACAUGAACAUCGACACGCAGGAGCAGCUGCGGGACGCCCAGGAGGCCCUGAGACAGAGAGAGGAAACCAUCAGCUCCCUGAGCAGGAGGCUCGCCUCGAAGGGCGCCUCAGUGGGCUGCCCAGAGCAGGUGUCCGGUGGGGAUGAGCGGCCACCGGAAGCCAGCACCGCCCCAGUGGAGGACGAGGAGUCGCAGAGAAAGAUCUUUGCUCUGACCCAGGAGAAGGAAGAGCUGCAGCAGAUGCUGGAGCUUGUGAGGGCGGAGAGAGAGCAGCUCAGGAGUGACCUGCAGGAGAGCAUUGAAAUGACCAUUGAGAACCAAGAGGAGCUGAGGGAGCUCCGGGAGGAGCUGAGGAGGCAGCGGGAGGAGGCGCAGGGCCACGCCGUGGGUGGAGGAGCCCUGGCCAGCGCCCAGCAGAGGCUGCAGGAGCCAGAAAUAGAGUCGCUCACGGAGGAACGAGAUCAGCUCAGGAGCGCCAGGGCCAGGCUGGAGGCCGAGCGUGACCAACUGAAGGAGGAGCUGAGCCGGAGGGGGGUGCCGGACCAGCCCGAGCAGCCGUCCUGCGAGUCAGAGGGUGGCGACGGCCAGGAGGCGGCAGUGGAGACUCAGCCCUGCGCAGGCGAGGACGGGGUGGUGCCGGCGCAGGCCGAGGACCCCCAGGGGCUGGGGGAGCGCCUGGGAUCAGCCCUCGCCAAGCUCCAGGAGGCCGAGGAGCAGCUGGCAGUGGCCCGCGGUCACCUGCGGGCCCGGGAGGCCACCGAGGAGGAGCUGCGCGCGGCUUUGUGUAGCCAGGAGGCCCAGGCGGCAAGCCUGCAGCGGGAGCUGGACUCGGCCAGGGCGGACUUGGAGAGCCGGAUCCAGGAGCUUGAAGAGGCCCGGGAGCAGUGUGGCACGGCAGCAAGGGAGGCCGAGGGGCCGGCGGCGGAGCUGCAACGGCUGAGGGAGCUGGUGGCGGCCCAGGACGCGGCCCUGCAGGGCGCAGGGCAGGAGAAGCUGCAGCUGCUCGAGCAGCUGGACGAGAGCCGGGCACAGGGGGACGCCGGGCGGCAGGAGCGGGCGGCCCUGGCAGCCGAGAGGGACCAGCUGGCCGCGAGCCUGAGGGCCGCGGAGGCCGAGCUGCUGCAAGAGCGCUCGGCGGCCCUGGAGGACGCGCAGCGGGCCAGGGGGCAGCUGGAGGCCCGGGAGGCGGCCCUGGAGGCGGCCCUGGACGGUGCGGAGGCGGAGAAGGCAGCGUUGGUGCAGCAGCUGCAGGAGCAUCUCAAGGAGACGGCCGCAGUGACCAAAGAGCGGGACGGGCUGAGCGCGAGCCUCCAGGAAGCCACAGUCCGUGCCCGGGAGAGGCAGGAGGAGCUGGACAUGGCCCGUGGGCGCCUACAGGAGCAGGAGGACACUAUGCAGACCCUCCAGGCGUGUGUGGCUGAGGGAGAGGCGGCGCUAGCCGGCGUGCGGGCCCAGCUGGAGACCACCCACGCCAAGCUGCACACACAGGCCCUGGAGCUUCAGGAAAAGGAGCAGCGUCUGUGCGAGGUGACACGCGGCCUGGGCGAGAGCGAGGCCCGGGCGGGGCAGCUGGAGGCGGCGCGGGCACAGCUGGCCCAGCAGCUGCAGGAGGCGCGGGAGGAGGCGGGCCAUGUGCGUGCCCAGAGAGACGCCCAGGAGGGGGCUGGGCGCGCCAAGCGGGAGCGGCUGGAGGAGCAGCUCAGGGCAGCCGGGGCCCAGGCCCGGGAACAACAGGAGGAGCUGGAUGCAGCCCGAGGGCGCCUGCAAGAGGAGCAGGAGGCCGUGCAGACCCUCCGGGCGCACGUGGCCAAGGGGGAGGCGGCACUGGCCAGCGUGCGGGCCCAGCUGGAGACCACCCACGCUGAGCUGCAGGAGAAGACGCAGGAGCUGCGGGCCCGCGAGCAGCAGCUCGGCCAGCUGAGGGGGGACCUGGCCCAGAUGCAGGAGCAGCUCUCGGAGACGCAGCGGCUGCGGAGGCGGCUGGACGACCAGGCCCAGGCCCUGGACACGCUGGAGCAGCAGAACCUGAACCUGGCCCAGCAACUGCAUGCUAGCCAGCAGGAGGCCCGCACCCUGGCCGCCGAGCAGGACACGCUGCGGGACAGCCUCCAGGCGGCCACCUCCAGGCACCUGGAGGUCCAGCAGGAACUGGACAUGGCGCACACACAUCUGAAGGAGCACCAGGAAACCAUCCAGAAACUCAGGGAGAGAGUCUCGGAGAAGCCGGCUAGCAUCCCACGCAUCCAGGAGGAGCCACAGAGAAAGAACCCAGGCCUCAGGCAGAUCGGGAAUCUGAGCCAGCGGCUUCCAGAGCUGCUCUUCCAGGGCUGCGGGAGCUCUGUCAUUUCCCGCCUGGUGGGCAUGUCACUGAGAUGCUGGCAGCUGACCCGCCCGCUGCCCGUGCACGACCCCCAGGACCACAGCCAGGGGACUUCGAGGGGUGACGGGGAGUCGCCAUGUGACGGGAAGCAGCCGCUGACAGAGAGCCUCCAAGAAAAGUGCUCCCGCAUCAGAGAGCUCCUGAGGAAGUACGCGGAGAUGAGCGGCCACUACGAGUGCCUGGACAGGCUCGCCGAGGACCUGGAGAGGGACAUCGGGACCCAGAAGGAGCUGUCCGCCCGCGUGAAGGCCCAGCUGCCGCUGCCCUACGCACAGGCCAAGCAGGUGGACAAGGCACUGACCGGCAGCCUGCGCGGCUCCAUGGAGCUGCUGCGCAUCAUGAAGAAGCUGAGGUAUGUGCUCAGCCACGUCGCGAAGACCAAGGAGGAGCAGCACGAGGCAGUCAGCAGGCUGGAGGCGGCGUCCGUGGAGGAGGCCGAGAAGCAGGACGAGCUGCUGCGGCAGAUCCGGCACCUGCAGCAGGACUACGAGGCGCCCGGGGGCCUGCGGGGCCCGCAGCUGGGCCGGAACAUGGACCUGCACCUCGAGGAGCUAGCCCGUGACCUCUCAGAGAACGACUUCCAGAGCGUGCGGGCCGAGGUCGAGGGCCUGCUGCAGAACAGGAAGGAGGCGCUCGGGCUCCUGCAGGAGUGGCUCAGUGCCCGCUUCGACCCGGAGACGCUCAGGACCAGAGUCCAGGAGGCCAGCCACCGCCUCUGCGCGGGGAACAACCUGUACAACCGCAGGAUCCUCACGAUCCUGAACGAGUCCACGGAGUUCGAGGAGAGGAAGGCCGCCGUCGCUGGCCAGUGGGAGCUGGACCUCAGGGCCCUGCGGGAGAGGACGGAGGCGCUGGCCCGGGACCACCAGCAGGUGCGGGAGCGGGAGCUGGAGACGCGGUUGCGGGAGGCAAGGGAGAGCAUCCGGCGGAAGGACAGCCACGCAGCCCAGGUGCAGCGGGAGCUGGAGGCCGCCCAAGGCUCCGUGGCCACACUGCGGGGCCAGGUCAGCCAACUGCAGGACGCGCUGGAGAAGGCCCAGGACACCGUCCAGGCACUGCAGGACAGAGUGGCCGCAGGGGCACAGCCCUAUAAGGAGGAGAUCGAGGAGCUGAAGACAAAGCUGGUGAGGAGAGACCUGGAGAUGCUGACGGACAACAAGGAGCUCAAGAAGGAACUGACCUCGUCCAGGGCGGCCGUGGAGCACCAAAAGGAGCUGAUCAGGGUCCUGAGGGAGAACCUGCGGAGGGCCCAGCAGGCCCACGACACGUCCAUGGCGCCGGAGCCCACCGAGACGCAGCCCCCAAGCCAGCCCCUGACUUGUGGCGGCGGCAGCGGCAUCGUGCAGAGCACCAAGGCCCUGAUCCUGAGGAGCGAGUACACGCGGCUUGAGAAGGAGAACUGUCAGCUGAAGCGGCAGAAUGCGCAGCUGGAGAGCAGUAACCAGCAGCUGUCCUGCGAGGUGCGCGCCUGGAAGGAGCGGAGCCUGCGCCCCUGCCCGAAGCCCCCUGCGGACCCGCGUGCGCCCACUCCGUCGCCCACGCGCUUCCGGGAGCGCAACGCGGGGCCCCUGGGCCCGGGCUCGCCAGGACUGCUGGACGGCCGCUGCCGCUCGCUGCCCGCGCGCUACUUCGACAACUCGGGACUCGGCCUGCCAGGGCCGCCCAGCACCGAGGACGUGGACAGCGACGCGCAGCCCCGCCCCUGGCUGGCGGAGACCAGUGUGGACGUGCCGGAGUGCAAGACGCAGUAG